GGUGCUCAACAACCUCUAGCUAGUUCCUCGUCCCCACGAUGUGUUUUUCAUCUCUCAUACACGAUGUCUGACCUGCUCUGACCCAGCUUUUGGGAGACUCACUCCCCACGAAGCCUCAGUCUUGCUUUAUCUUUAGUCACUCGUUCCAGUCACUCAUUUCGCGACAAUCGUCGCCGCCCCUCGUUCCAUCAAUGCGACAAACUGUAGCUUUCGUCCUGCUGCUCCUAGCAUCCGUCGCCACGCCGAGCACCGCUAGCACCACCACCACCACUAUCUGGGCCACGCCCCACGAAUCCUACUCCUCGUCCAUCGGCGCCCUCGGUUGCAAGCUCAACACAAAUCGGGUAGCCUACUUUCCCUUGGCGCCUUCAUGCAGCUCCCUCUGCAUCCGACUCACCCACGCAUCGUCCGGUCGCUCCCUCGCCCUCCUGCGCAUCGACCAAUCCGACGGCGCUCACGAUGUCUCGUACGACGCGUGGAACUACCUCGUCACCGGCGCGUCUGCGACCGACGCCCCGACGACGGGCGGUGCCGUCGCCAUGGAUUACGAGGAAGUGGAUAUGGACGAGUGUGCGGAAUUGAUACACGCGGAUGGAGGGAAAUUGGCCCUGAGUGCCUCGAAUAGCAUGAACUUCCUGUUCAGCUGUCUGGAGGGAUAUCCGGAUGGCUGGCUUGCCCAGAAUUACGCCCUGUACAAUGUGUUGGACCCCAUUUGUUCUUGGGGACGCGACGAGUUGUGUAAUAUCGAUUGGGGCGGCGGGGCAAACCAGCCUACUUGUCCAAGUACUCUGGGGGUGCCGGCCCAGAUGGGCGCCGACGACACCGUGUUCAAUGUCCAGUAUGGUACGGGGAGGCUGGUGAAUGCGUCGGAUGGCCAGGUCGUCGAAGAUGGUGUCGGCAAUGGGAGCUCGGGACGGGCCAGGGGCGCUGGACUUGGUCUUCUUGGACCCUUGCUGGCUUUGGCACUAGGGAUCCAUCUGCAGAUUACUUAGAUUUACACUCCUGACGAUAGUUAAUGAAUAAUAUGUUGUUGUGUUUGCCUUGGGCAAACAAGGUGGUACGGCUUGAUGGAGCCAACGUCGUAGGUCGAAAGUGCUGCCACCUGCGGAGUCACUAUAUGUAACACCACGGAUUCUUCACAGCUUGUGAACCCGGUAUCAAUGACUGCAAGUUGCGGGACCACUGUUUUACAAGUUGACCCAUCGUUGGAAGUAGCUUUGACG